UCUACUGCUACUCAACUGGUUUGUUCACCUUCUCUUCUCCAACACUCGCAGCUCCGUCGUCGCCGUUGAAGCGGCGCAGGAAACCAAGAAGAAGGAAGCGCCGCCGGAAAAAUGGCGCUAGCUUUCGACGAAUACGGGCGCCCGUUCAUCAUAAUCAAGGAGCAGGAGCAGAAGACUCGAUUGAGAGGUCUCGAUGCGCAGAAGGCCAACAUUUCCGCCGGUAGGUCUGUCGCUCGGAUCCUCCGCACUUCGCUCGGUCCCAAGGGGAUGGACAAGAUGCUCUCCAGCCCCGACGGUGACGUCACCAUCACCAAUGAUGGUGCGACAAUCUUGGAGCAGAUGGAUGUAGACAAUCAAAUCGCCAAGCUCAUGGUGGAGCUAUCUAGGAGUCAGGACUAUGAGAUCGGUGAUGGGACUACUGGUGUUGUGGUCAUGGCUGGAAGCCUUCUCGAGCAAGCUGAGAAGUUGCUAGAGCGUGGGAUUCAUCCCAUUCGAAUUGCAGAGGGAUAUGAGCUUGCGUCUAGAAUAGCUGUUGAGCAUUUGGAGCGUAUUGCUCACAAGUUCGAAUUUGGAGAGAACAACAUAGAGUCGCUUGUUCAGACUUGCAUGACUACUUUAUCUUCAAAGAUCGUGAACAGAUGCAAGCGCCAGUUGGCCGAGAUUUCUGUUAAGGCCGUCCUUGCUGUGGCAGAUUUAGAAAGGAAAGAUGUGAACUUGGACUUGAUAAAAGUUGAUGGGAAGGUUGGUGGGAAGUUGGAAGAUACUGAACUGAUUUAUGGAAUUGUUGUUGACAAGGACAUGAGUCACCCACAGAUGCCCAAGCAAAUUCAAGAUGCAAACAUUGCUAUUUUGACAUGUCCCUUUGAACCCCCGAAGCCAAAGACCAAGCAUAAGGUGGACAUUGACACAGUAGAGAAGUUUGAGGCUCUACGCAGGCAAGAGCACCAGUAUUUCGAUGAUAUGGUUCAACAGUGCAAGGAUGUUGGUGCAACUCUGGUUAUCUGCCAGUGGGGAUUUGACGAUGAGGCAAACCAUUUGCUGAUGCACAGAAACCUUCCUGCAGUACGUUGGGUUGGUGGAGUGGAGCUAGAGCUGAUAGCCAUUGCCACAGGUGGCAGGAUUGUUCCAAGAUUCCAGGAGUUGACAGCUGAGAAGCUAGGAAAGGCUGGUUUGGUCAGGGAGAAAUCCUUCGGCACCACAAAAGAUAGAAUGCUGUACAUUGAACAUUGUGCAAAUUCCAGGGCCGUUACUGUUUUCAUCCGUGGGGGUGAGGAUAUUUGUUGGCUCCUAUUAUUCCUUUCCUUUAUCAUUCUUCUGAGCCAUACUGAUUUCCUAAAUACUCCUACUUGAUGCUCAACCAGGUAACAAGAUGAUGAUAGAAGAGACCAAGCGAAGCAUCCACGAUGCUCUGUGCGUUGCAAGGAAUCUCAUCCGCAACAACUCCAUCGUUUACGGUGGUGGCUCGGCUGAAAUUGCUUGCUCAAUUGCUGUAGAAGCUGCCGCGGAUAGAUAUCCUGGAGUUGAGCAGUAUGCCAUUCGAGCAUUCGCAGAUGCUUUGGACGCUAUCCCUAUGGCACUAGCAGAAAACAGUGGACUACAACCCAUUGAGACUCUAUCCGCUGUGAAGUCCCAGCAAAUCAAGGAGAACAACCCCCACUGUGGUAUUGACUGCAAUGACGUUGGGACGACGGACAUGCGUGAGCAGAACGUGUUCGAGACCUUGAUAGGGAAGCAGCAGCAGGUUUUGCUUGCAACACAGGUAGUCAAGAUGAUACUGAAGAUCGACGAUGUCAUCUCUGCCGCUGAGUUCUAGUCCACCAGGUUUUGUUUUGUUUUCCUCGUAGUCAGAACUCAGAAGUGUGUUUAAUUUAGCCUUGAUUACAAUGUGGUUCAAUUGGUGGGAGAGUGCUGUUCUGUACUUUUGUUUGUUACUCUUGCUUUGGCCUUCACUGGUUUUAUCAUGUAUGUUGGCAUCAGUCUUUAGUUUAUGUACGCAGGGACAAGUGAUGUACUUCAGGAACUGGCAUGACCCUGAAUUUUGUUUCUUGUGGUUAAUUUAGUUUAUCAUGACUCAUGAGUUGCCUUGUCGAUUGAAGUAUUUCUGUCUCUGGGCCAUCAGUGUAAUGUCAUU